CACUGAAGAAAACUGUUUACACUGAAAACUAAUUAUUCUAUUUAUCUUUUAAAAUUGCCUUUGAUGUCUUUGCGAUUAUUUUAAUUCAUUUAAACUCGAAGCUUUCUCUUCUGGUUUAUUCUCGAAGCAAUAUUAUCUAGGAAUCUCUACCUAGAAUUUCUUAUUUUGCCAAGAAAAUAAUUCCCUCUCUACCCCACAAUCUAAUCAGCACCCAGAAUAUUCAAAAAGGGCAGCAAUCCAUCAGCCAGGGAAGAAAAGACUCCAUGCAAAUGGCCGUCAAGUGACAAAAACAAAACCUAAUCGUAAAACUUUCAAUAGGCUAACUAUAAAGCAUAUAUAGGAACUACAGGUCUCUAAAAGCUUAGUCUUCUCCUAGCACUAAGUUUGGCUUCAAAACAUCUGCAGACACUUUCAAAUGGUUUCUAUUUAUUUACACAGAGGAACAUGUAUAUUUAACAUUCCUUUUAAUUAUGAGUUAGUCAUAAUUAUACAUUAAAUAAUUAUGAAAAGUUUUUAUUUACACAUAAUAUUUAGUCAAAUCAAUAAAUACUUGAUACCCGGACUGUCAAGAAAUAUAUAGGGGUGUCAAUAAGCCAUGACCAUAAUCUCCAACCCUCAGGGAUUUUUUAAAUAUAUGGAAAUGUUAAAAUGCCAAACAAUAUUUUAACAGUCAUUCUGGGAAAAAUAAGAGACAUCCUAAAGCAACUCACAGUUAACUUUCAAAUGAAUGACUUAGUAAAGGCCGCCUUAUGUGAAGAAGCAACUGUGAGACUGGGAAAGCCUGCCUGAUAGUCAAGAAAGCAUUCCAAAGAAAUUAAAGAGUGAAUGAGGUCUCAGAAUUUAUUACUAUUAACUGUAAAACAGUUAAAGGCUUACUGAUUUACUCUUAUUUCAGAGAUUUACAGCGUGAGAUGGAUGGCAGUAAUUGCAAAGUUAUUGCUCCUCUCCUAACUCAGAGAUACCGGAGGAUGGUCACCAAGGAUGGCCACAGCACACUUCAAAUGGAUGGCGCUCAAAGAGGUCUUGUAUAUCUUCGAGAUGCUUGGGGAAUCCUAAUGGACAUGCGCUGGCGCUGGAUGAUGUUGGUCUUUUCUGCUUCUUUUGUUGUCCACUGGCUUGUCUUUGCAGUGCUCUGGUAUGUGCUAGCUGAGAUGAAUGGUGACCUGGAACUAGAUCAUGAUGCCCCACCUGAAAACCACACUAUCUGUGUCAAGUACAUCACCAGUUUCACAGCUGCAUUUUCCUUCUCCCUGGAGACACAACUCACAAUUGGUUACGGUACCAUGUUCCCCAGUGGUGACUGUCCAAGUGCAAUUGCCCUUCUUGCCAUACAAAUGCUGCUAGGCCUCAUGCUAGAGGCUUUUAUCACAGGCGCCUUUGUGGCGAAGAUUGCUCGGCCAAAAAAUCGCGCGUUCUCCAUUCGCUUCACUGAAUUAGCCGUAGUAGCUCACGUAGAUGGCAAACCUAACCUUAUAUUCCAAGUGGCCAACACUCGACCUAGCCCUCUAACCAGUGUUCGGGUCUCGGCUAUACUCUAUCAGGAAAGAGAAAACGGCGAACUCUACCAGACCAGUGUAGACUUCCACCUUGAUGGCAUCAGUUCUGAGGAAUGUCCGUUCUUUAUCUUUCCACUAACCUACUACCACUCCAUUAUACCAUCGAGCCCUCUGGCUACUCUGCUCCAGCAUGAAAAUCCUCCCCACUUUGAAUUAGUUGUGUUCCUUUCAGCAAUGCAGGAAGGCACUGGAGAAAUAUGCCAGAGGAGGACAUCCUACCUACCCUCGGAGAUCAUGUUACAUCACUGUUUUGCAUCUCUGUUGACCCGAGGUUCCAAAGGAGAAUAUCAAAUCAAGAUGGAGAAUUUUGACAAAACUGUUCCUGAACUUCCAAAUCCUCUGGUCUCUAAGAGCCCAAACAGGACUGACCUCGACAUCCGUAUCAAUGGACAAAGCAUGGACAAUUUUCAGAUCUCUGAAACAGGACUGACAGAAUAAGACGUAUCCAUAGUACCCUACUUUUUAAUGUAUUAAAUAUACCCAGCCAGUUAUGCAGCUACUUUUCCUUCAUCAUAUCUCAUGGUUUCGUUUUUUUUCAAUGCUGAUCACAUCUCUGAUUACAUCACGGUCAUCAAGCCUAUGCCCAUAAAAAAUGGCUGAGCUAGCAACAAACAUUCUGGAAAUGUAAUAUUCUGCUUUUCCAAGUUUGUAUCGGUGGUUAUCUGCUGAAAUCAACACAUCGCGACAUGAUAGAUAUUUAUACAGAAAUGUUGUUGGUGAAUUUAUAAGGAUGUGGCAUGAUACCAAUGAGGACGUUAAAAUGGACAGUGAAGUUUAAUACCGCUGAACUCUAAGAAAAUCAACCAUAAACCACUCAUUUCCAUCUGCAAGUUGAAGCAGCAGUCUAGUUUCAAACCUAGCUCCCUGGGUAGAAAGAUGAUUUCACAAUAUUUAGUUGACCACCCUUUUAAAACUGUUAUUUUUUCAAGACGACAAAGACCAUUCCUCUGGUUCUUUACGCUACAAAACUGGGGUAAGUAUUACCCCCUUAAUUUUUAACAGCUAAGAACAAAAAUUCACAAGAAAAACAGCAAAGUAUAGGUCUACGCAUAACUCCAAAAGCAUUUGAGCAUGACACCCAAAUACAUAUUCAUUUAUUUGUGGCAGAAAGUGAUCAGAGAAAACCAGAUAAGCUCUAGCUCAAGUGGAACCUGUGGUGGUAUUUUUGGUGAGAUACAAAAUUAUAUCUAUAUUAAAGCUGCCCUGCAUAAUAAUCAAAUAGUGAUUUAAAAAUUAUAAUCAACUACUCCUCUAAAUGGCUUACAACCUAAGUAAAAACAUUCCCUUCAUACCUAUGAUGCAUUCAAUAGCAUAAAAAACCAUGACAGCUCUGAGUAACUCGUAAAUGCAAAUAUAUUUAAGUUUUUUAUAGAUAUAAAAGAUUUAGACAUAAUUCAACUAGGAAAAAAUCUCCAAUAGAUAAAGCAAAAAAAUAAUUAGGCAAUGAACUAUUUUCAAACCCAAAUUCCUGUUUCCAACUUCAAAUAGCUUUUUCUAUAAACACAAAAUGAGUGUUUAUUCACCAGUAGGAGGUUGGACUAGAUGAAUCUAUUCUUUCUCUCCAAAUCCAAUACCCCAUGAAAAUUAUACUUUCUCUGCUUCAUUUUUUAUUUUAUACAUACUAAGAUGAAUCCUUUCCCUUACCUCCAAUUUAAGACAAUCCUUUCUAUACUUUUCAUUUCAAUAAAGGUAUCAAACUAUCCUCAAACAAAACAAGAACCAAAUAAGUUACCCUACGAAAUUUCAAAUAGAUGUGUGGCUGCUCUUUUCUUCUGAAAUUUCCCUUAUUCAGGUUUCUGUGUGAAAAGUGAAAGAUUAACCCUCCCCACUGGUGAUGACCCAUGCAGGAAUCAUCUCUGAAAUAAAUACUAGUUCGGUAAAGGCAAGCAGUUGUGAAGAGCAGGGCACAGCAGCAAGUCACAUUUUUCUACUCUUUGAACAAAAGGAAAAGAAAUUAUGAAGAACUCUGGAGCAGCCUAAGAGUGAUAAUAGAAGAAUAUCAAGGAUGCAGAAACUUAAUCACUGUGAACUUUUGCUGUUUGAAAAUCUUAGGCAUUCUUAAUUUAAGUACUAGCCAGACCAAAAGAUCUUUUCCAACCCAAGACUGUUGUAACUCAUAUAGACAACAGUAAUUCUUAUUUCUAGAAUAAAGUAACAAGAUUCACCUAACCUGUGAAAAUAAAAGUUCUAUCAAAGAUUUA